AUGCUAAAACAGAAACUUGAACCUACCCUACAGACGAAGCUUGACCGGCUCUAUACGUGCUUGCGCGCUUAUGAAAAGGUUAUCGUCGCUUUUUCCGGCGGCGUUGACAGUACAUUUCUCGCUGAGGCGGCACAACAUGCAUUAGGCGAUAAUGCGCUUGCUGUGACUGCUAUCUCUGAUUCUUAUCCGAUCCGGGAAAUGAAGGCUGCACAAGAGAUUGCCAAACAGAUCGGAAUCCGCCUUGAGACCGUCAAUACGCAGGAAUUAGACCUUGAAGGGUAUGCAAGCAACCCGACCAAUAGAUGCUUUUUCUGUAAGACGGAACUGUUUGAUAAACUGCGUCCCAUCGCUGAAAAAUACGACGUAGGAACGAUCGUCUACGGCGCAAUUCCAGACGAUGUCGGCGACCACCGUCCUGGAAUGGAUGCCGCAAAGCGGAUGGGUAUCCAAGCACCUUUGAUUGAUGUGGACUUGAUGAAGGCGGAGAUUCGCGAGAUUUCAAAGGUGUGGGAACUCCCGACAUGGGAUAAACCGGCGUUCGCCUGUCUCUCCUCUCGCUUUCCUUACGGUAUGCGUAUCACCCGUGAAUUGCUACGGCAGGUGGAUGCAGCCGAGCAAUUUCUCUACGAUUUGGGGAUUCGGCAAUUCCGUGUCCGGCACCACGGCGACCUCGCUCGAAUUGAGUUGGAAGCACAGGAGAUUUCGAGAUUGCUUUCAAAAACCGUGCGAGGCGACAUCAGCACACACUUUAAAACACUCGGAUAUGCGCAUGUCACGCUUGACUUACUGGGAUAUCGUUCCGGGAGCCUGAAUGAGGGGGUUACAACUACUUAA